GCCUGCAUCGACGAGAACCUGGAGGUGGUGCGCUUCCUGGUGGAGCAGGGUGCCACCGUGAACCAAGCAGACAACGAGGGCUGGACACCCUUGCAUGUGGCCGCCUCCUGUGGCUACCUGGACAUCGCCAGGUACCUCCUGAGCCAUGGGGCCAACAUUGCGGCUGUGAACAGUGACGGGGACCUGCCCCUGGACCUGGCCGAGUCGGACGCUGUGGAGGGGCUGCUGAAGGCGGAGAUUGCCCGGCGAGGUGUGGAUGUGGAGGCCGCCAAGCGGGCCGAGGAGGAGCUGCUACUUCACGACACGCGGUGCUGGCUGAACGGGGGCGCCAUGCCCGAGGCCCGGCACCCGCGCACGGGGGCCUCCGCCCUGCACGUGGCCGCCGCCAAGGGCUACAUCGAGGUGAUGAGGCUGCUACUGCAGGCUGGCUAUGACCCCGAGCUCCGGGAUGGAGAUGGCUGGACGCCCCUGCACGCGGCCGCGCACUGGGGUGUGGAGGACGCGUGUCGCCUGCUGGCCGAGCACGGCGGGGGCAUGGACUCACUGACCCACGCGGGGCAGCGUCCCUGUGACCUGGCGGAUGAAGAGGUGCUGAGCCUGUUGGAGGAACUGGCUCAGAAGCAGGAGGACCUUCGCAACCAAAAGGAAGCCACACAGAGCAGAGGCCAAGAGCCCCAGGUGCCGGCCAGCAGCAAGCACAGGCGGAGCUCCGUGUGCCGCCUGAGCAGCCGCGAGAAGAUCUCCCUGCAGGACCUGUCCAAGGAGCGCAGGCCUGGAGGGGCAGGGAGGCCGCCCAUCCGGGACGAGGAGGAGGGGGACGAGGGCCGUCCCGAGCCGGCCCCUGCAGAGCCCAGAGCCCUCAAUGGUGUGUCCUCUCCGCCACGUGCCAGUCCUCAGAGCCCUGUGCUGCCCAGCGCCGCCCCCUCCUCCCAGCGCUUUGGCCUCCAGAAGACCAGGAGCUCUGGGGCCUUGGGUCCUACAGAUAGGCGGGGGGCCGAGGCGGCCGCCGGGCUGGGGCUGCAGCGCUCGGCCUCCUCGUCCUGGCUAGAAGGGACCGCGGCUCAGGCCAGGGAGCCCCGUCUUGCCAGAAUUACCCCCACGCCCUCCCGGAAGGCGCCGGAGCCCUCUCCCCUCAGGGAGCCGGGACCCCCCGUGAAGCCGCAUGUGCCCCCAGCCUCUGCCCCAGCCCCAGUGGACUCCCGCGACCGCAGGAGGUCCUACCAGAUGCCUGUGCGGGAUGAGGAGUCCGAAUCCCAGCGGAAAGCACGCUCCCGCCUCAUGCGCCAGUCUCGGAGGUCCACACAGGGUGUGACUCUGACGGACUUGAAAGAAGCGGAGAAGGUGGCGGGAAAGUCUGCUGAGGUGGAGAGGGCGUCCCUGCGGGGCCUGGACCCUUCCCAGAGGCCCAGAGUCCCGGGAGUGGAGCACUCCGAGGGCCCUGCACAGAGAGCAGAGGCGCCCGAUGGCCAGGGCCAGGGACCACAGACUGUCAGGGAGCCCCGCAAAGCCGGCAGGGAGCGGCGGGGGCCUGCGGAGGGGGAGGAGGCAGAGCCCGUGGACCGCAGCCCGGAGUGCAGCCCUGCCGACGGUGGCCUGCCAGCCCGGAGGCUGCGCGCACAGCAGGACCUGAGCCCAGAGCCCGAGCUGCCCCCGGAGGAGCCGGACGGGGGCUUCAGGAAGCUGUACUCGGAGCUGCGCAGGGAGAAUGAGCGGCUUCGCGAGGCCCUGACGGAGACUACGCUGCGGCUGGCGCAGCUCAAGGUGGAGCUGGAGCGGGCCACGCAGCGGCACGAGCGCUUCGCCGAGAGGCCGGCCCUCCUGGAGCUGGAGAGAUUCGAGCGCAGGGCCCUGGAGCGCAAGGCCGCGGAGCUGGAGGAGGAGCUCAAGGCCCUGUCUGACCUCCGCGCCGACAACCAGCGGCUCAAGGAUGAGAACGCAGCGCUGAUCCGCGUCAUCAGCAAGCUGUCCAAGUGACUCGAGGACUUGCCGCACCGCAUCCGUACAGCUGCUUCUGCCACACGCACCCUUCCCCGCGUGAACACGAGGGACGGCUCCGGGGGAGCCGCUGAGAAGCCAUAACCUCCUCUCGGGACCUUGCGAGCCCCCGGGAGGGAAGCGCCGCUGGCUGGGCUGGAGGGAGGGAGGCUGAGCCAGGCAGGGCGUGUCACUGCGAGGGACCAGGACGCAAACAAGGGCCAGUAGCCAAGGACCAGAGGGCCACCCCGGGUUCCCCACUCACGUGUGAUGCCACCCCAGCACCCUCCCCUCCCGAGCAGGGUCCAGAAUGUGCCAAGAGUCCCGCCGGCCUCGGCCGGGUGGGCCUGUAUAUAGGGUCCGUGUGCAAUAGGAGGGACGUCUUCUAUUUUUUGCUGCCCCCUCCCUGACUUGCCUGGGGAGGGGGAGAAGGUAUUUUCGAGACAAAGCACAGGCACCACAAAUAAAAGUCGUGAUGUUGCCACUCAA